AUGAUAUACAAAUUGUUUCCUCGAUUGAAAGUCCAACCUUUAUCGGAGGAUGUAAGAUCUCGUGAUGCAUUUGUCUAUUUGGAUCGUGGUAUGCAAGUUGUUGGCUGGGUACCACCCAAAAAUAAGAUAUUGCAGCGAUUCUAUGCCAUUUGGACAGUGUUAUUAGUUGGUUUGGUUUUCUGUUGGUCACCCAUGGGCUUCAGCUUCACUUAUGCCAGAGAAAUGUCAACUUUUACGGCCGGAGAGUUCCUAACCUCGAUACAAAUUGGCCUGAAUACCUAUGGCAAUACGCUGAAGUCUAGUUACACCUUCUGGGGCACAAAACGAUAUAAAUUGGCCAAGGAGCUGCUUGAUCGCAUGGACAAACGCUGCACAACUGAAGAGGAACAAGCUGGAAUUCGUCGCUCAGUGGCCCGUUGGAAUCUUUGUUAUAUGAUCUAUCAGAUUUCAUAUAGCGUAUACACAACAUCGACAUUUGUAGUGGCAACCGUUAAUGGUCAUUUACCCUGGCGAUUCUACAAUCCUUUAAUUGACAGCACUAAAAAUGUGCUCUUUUUUUGGAUUGCUGCCUUGAUGGAGUAUUUUUUGAUGUCAAUGACUGUACUAGCGGAUCAAUGUGCCGAUGUCUAUCCAAUCGCUUAUAUGGGAGUCAUGCGAACUCAUAUGAAUUUCCUGAAACAGCGUAUAACCCGCUUACGCACAAAUCCAGAGUUAUCCGAAGACGAGAACUACCAGGAAUUGGUCAAGUGCAUUAAAGACCAUCAAAUUAUUAUGGAGUAUGUGGAAAUCAUGAGACCCGUUAUAUCGGCUACAAUAUUUGUACAAUUUCUACUUAUUGGCGUUGUUCUGGGUUUAUCCAUGAUUAAUAUUUUGUUCUUUUCGGACUUUUGGGCUUGUGUGGCCAACGUAAUGUUUGUGGGUUGCGUCCUAAUGGAAACUUUUCCCUUUUGCUACCUCAGCAAUAUAAUUAUGGAUGAUGCGGCUGAACUCUCUGAUUGCCUAUUCCAAUCAAAUUGGAUUGAUGCCAAUCGACGAUAUAAAACUGCAGUGAUAUCAUUUAUGCAUAGAAUCCAACAACCCAUCAUCAUUAUUGCCGGCGGAGUAUUCAUAAUAUGUUUGCAAACCAAUAUUACGGUUGCCAAAUUGGCUUUUUCGGUAAUAACCGUGGUCAAACAAAUGGACUUUGCCAAAAAAUUUGGCUGA